AAAAGCAACCGCGUCUCGGGGUCCUCGCUCUCGCGCCGCCUCCUCGCUGAGGCACUACCGGGGACCAAACUGAUGACGUGGUGCGCUCGGUUGACCAGAGCAGCAGGAUGGCCGACCAGAGCAGGCAAACAAAACUCGCUGCAGCUAAGAAAAAGCUGAAGGAGUUUCAGCAGAAGAGCUCCCCUGUUAGUGUGGGAGGAGAAAAGAGUGGAGGGGGAGGUGGUGGCGGAGCAGCAGCAGCCAAGAAGAAGAGGAAAGUAAAGGGACCGAACCAACUCAAUGAACCUUCAACAGACAGUAACUCCACAGACAAUUUUGACAGUAUUCUGAAAGCACUUAGUCAAAGCAAUGGCGUAGUUCUACCUUGCUAUGGCAACAGUCAGGCCUUUGCUGAAGUUGAGGCCAUGGGGUCAUCACUUCCUCAGCUGCUGGAGGACCCAGUGGCAGAGCCGAGUCGCAGCUCACCUGUGUCUAACCCUGCUAGUGCUAACACUACUAAUAACCCCGACUCUGUUAGUCACAACCCUGAUCUACAGGACUAUACAGAUACCAAUGGCAAUGAAAGUUUAACUGAAGAGAAUAGGCCACUAUCUUCCACAGAGAGCCUGCGACAACUUUCACAAAAGCUCAAUGGGCUAGUCUCUGAGUCAAAUGCUGCAUACGUGAAUGGGGAGAGUACACCUUCUGUCAGCGAAAGAGAUCUGGAGAGUCGGAACCAGGAGCUGGCAGCCGCCCUGGAGUCCAGCAGCCUAACAAACUCUCAGCUCAAAACCAAGCUAGACCAGCUGGCACAACAAUCUCAGGACCUGUCGGAUCAGCUUCAAAAGGAGAGGAAAGAAUUUGAACAGAGGUUCUCAAAAGAGCAGGGAGCCAUGCGUGAGCAAUUACAGGUUCACAUCCAAACCAUUGGCAUACUGGUAUCAGAGAAAUCAGAGCUACAAACUGCACUACAAUACACACAACAGGCUGCAAGACAGAAAACAGCUGAAGCAGAGGAGUUUAACAGCCGUCUGCAGGCAACCAAGCAAAGAGUGUCAGAGCUGGAGAGAACUCUGUCGUCUGUCUCAUCACAGCAGAAGCAGUUUGAAAAGCACAAUAAAGACCUUGAAAAGGAAAGAGACAGUCUGCGACUAGAGGUGUUUAGACUGAACAAUUUGAGUGAUGAAUCCAAGCAGCAGAGCUCAGAGUUAACGGAGCAGUUGAAGCUGAAAACACAGGAGAAUGGAGUCAUGAGGUUUGAGGUGGAGGAUCUUCGCAAGAGGCUAGAAAUAGCUGACCUAAUGUUGCAACAGUGCUCCAGUCAGUCAGAUCCCACCAGUGCCAACCAGCAGGUCCAGUUGCUGCUGGAAGAGAAGCAACAGCUGGAGGCACAUAACCACCAGCUAAUGGAGUCGAUGACCCACCUGAAGACGGAGAGGGAUUGCUAUGCAGAGCAGAUCCAUGAGGAGGGCCGUAUAUGGAAGGAUAAAACAGAACAGCUGUUAACACAGGUGUCUUUGGUUGCGGAGGAGAGAGACAGAAACAUCAGCCGGGUCCAAGAACUGGAGGCCAACAUCACAGAGCUAAAAAAUGCUGCAGCAUUACUCUCCAAGGAGAAAGAGGCUCAGGAGUAUGCGGAACCUCAGUCUUCACAACCAUCAGAGAAUGAAGUGGCACUCCAGGAGAACAUCAUCAGUCUCCAACAGGAGAAAGAGGCCAUUACUGCACAGUACCAGGCACAGCUGCGGGAUAACGAGCAGCUGAGCCGACUGUGUGCAGAGCAGGAGUCACGUUUAGGGGAGUUGGAGCGACAGGUGGAGAGUCAAACCCAGGAGGCGGAGGACCGUCGGCGCAUGCUAGAGGAUGUCCAGUCAGACAAGGCUACCAUUAGCCGCGCUCUCACCCAGAACCGCACACUGAAGGACCAGCUGGCUGAGCUCCAGAAUGGUUUUGUCAAGCUGACUAAUGAGAACAUGGAGCUGACUAAUGCCAUCCAGUCGGAGCAACAUGUGAAGAAGGAGCUGGCUCGCCGGAUGGGUGAACUUCAGGAGGAAGUGCACAACAUCAAGGAACAGCUGGAAUUAAAAAGUGAGGAGGCUCGUGGCCUGAUGGAGCAGAGGGAACAGGUAGUGGCCCACCUACAGCAGUACUGUGCUGGCUACCAGGCUCUGGUGUCUGAGCGAGAACAGCUGCACAAACAGUAUCUGCAGCAGAGUCAACUCAUGGACCGACUGCAGCACGAUGAAAGCCAGGGUCGCGCACAGCUGGAGAUGAGUUACAGUCAGCUCAAACAAGCGCAGGACCAUUUGGAGCAGUUGGUCAGGGACAAUGAACAGCUGAAGUCUGAGGUGAGGGAGCUGCUAAAUAGUUCAGCUCUGUCCACAUCACCCAGACAUCAAGGAGACAGUGUUGAAAACCAAUCCCUGCAAGAAAGUCCAAAUUUGUCCUCUUCCAUAGUCAUCCCAGAAGACUUUGAGACUCAAAAAGAGAUGGAGGAAUUUAUACGUGGAACCCUGGCUCAGGUAGAGGCUCAGAGGGAUGAAGCCAGAAGGCAACUUGAGGAGGAGCACAGACUCCACAUGGCAGCCCGGCAACAGGCUGCUUUGGCCCACAACCUCGAACAUCAACACAACAGUCACCGACACGUUCAGGACCAUCAUCACGAGCAUGAUGACACUCAAGGCCAACACAGUCACUGUGAACAUAGUCAUGAACAUUUAGAGGGAGGAGUGCCAGUGGAAGUUCAUCAGGCUCUGCAGGCUGCAAUGGACAAACUUCAGCAUCGUUUUACUUCUCUCAUGCAAGAGAAAGUUGACCUGAAAGAGAGGGUGGAGGAGCUGGAGCACCGCUGCAUCCAGCUGUCUGGAGAGACAGAUACUAUAGGAGAGUACAUAGCGCUGUACCAGAGUCAGCGCGCCAUCAUGAAGCAGAAACACCAGGAGAAGGAACAAUACAUCAGCAUGUUAGCCCAGGACAAGGAGGAGAUGAGGGCGAAGCUGACAGAGCUGCAGGAUCUGGUGAUGAGGCUGGUGGCUGAGAGGAACGACUGGUACAACCGCUACAAUGGAAUUGUAGCUGGUGCUGGAUCAGCAAACCCUGACCUGGUUCCUGUUGGAGAGGAACAAACCCACUCAGACUACCAAGCACACAUGCACUCUGAUUCACAUGCCUUCAAUAGAGCAGAAGCCAUGGAGGUCAUUCCUCUGUCAGAAGAAGGCAUGGAAGUCCCCUCAUCAUCAGGGUCAGUCCAGACUGACUCCAAGCUGCUGGUGCCAAGAGAGGACGGCACAGCCCAGCAGAUCAUGCAGCUGCUCCAGGAGAUCCAGAAUCCCCAGAGCACAAUGCGAUCACCCCCCUUCCUUGGGGAGAAUCCCUGUAUCCCUUUCUUCUACCGGCCUGACGAACAGGACGAGGUCAAGAUCCUGGUGGUGUGAGUCUGACAGAUGCUGGAGUGCGAGAGCAAUAUUGGAUAUGUCUUGAAUGCCAUAGUUUACUAUGUAUGUAGUUUAUGGAUCAUAUUCACAGAUACUUUGUGAGAAGCACCGUACAAAACUCAUCACAGAUGUCUCCACGUGAGCAUUGUCUGUUUGGUUUCACAUGUCUGUUUUAGUCUAUGAUGCUUUUCCCAGAGAGGCCAUAGUCAGUAUUCCUUUACCGCAAUCUGGUUAUUCAUAUGAUCACAAGUUCCCAUUCCCAUUUUCCCCUCAUCUCCAUCAUACACAGAAGUGCAAUAAAGAGGCCAUAUAACAUGUCCUCUUGAUGAUACAGUACUUUAAGAGCUGUCUGGUAAAUAGCAGCCUGUUUAUGUGCAUUUAUAUUAUUUAACUUUUUUUUUUUUUGCUCCGUUUUACAGUACAAAUGCCAAAAGCGAGCAUCACAUUUGAAUGUAAUGUUGUGGAUACUUACCUGUAUGAGUAAUGUGAAGGAAAGCAAGGAAGUGAGGUGUCAAUGACAGAAUAUUUUGGUCAGAGAGGAACUGCACAUAAUGUUUUUAACUGUAGGCUCUGUUCUGUUUCAAAGUUAAGACUUCGCUAAUUACACAGGCCCAGGACGACGGAGGCAGGUGUUACAGGUCUGAAAAUCUACCUGUUCUCUGCAGUGUCCUUCUUCUCCAAACACUGAAAAUAAGUCAUAUGUUUGUACAGUGUAAAAUGUUUAUAUUUGAUAACCUAAAUAUAUUUGUUAAUAUAUUUACGUUGUUAAAUAUCUUGUUGGACUAAGGAAACUGACCACUGUCAUUAAAGAUGGUUUCUGAUUCUUUUAGACUGGAUUAGAUGGAAUUUAGGCAUUAUUUGUUAUUGUUGGUGAAGACAACCUUCAUACAUGUUCUUCAGAAUCAUCUGAGACCCUGCAGUGCUUUGAAUGGGCAUGAUCUCUGCAGACGUCCAUACUUUGAAGACGUUAUGGGACGUUUAGGUGUUAAAGACUCCCCUUCUGUUUUUCACCGGUUCUGUGAUUUGGUGCUUUGUGGCAUUUGUCAGGCCACGUCACAAAGUCACUCCCCACUUCCAUCGCUCAAGUUACAGAUGUAGUUUGUUUUCUUCCUCAUCCUCUUGGGUUCUAGCUGGGUUCUUUAAAGAUCUAAACAGUCUGACACUAUUAAUAAGAUCCUGUUCUUUUCUGUUACUUUUGGUUUCAAGUUCUGCAUAUCGGUGUUGAGUGAAUGCACAUCCUUUAUAACUGGACUCAGCUGGAGAGUGACUGUGAAAGUGGUGUGAAUGUGCUUCCAUCAGUUGUACUAUUUGUAGAGUUGUAGAUGAUAUAAGUUUGAUUGCACUAAAACUGUAAAAAGCUUCUCAUUCAGCUGAGCUUCUCCCCCAGAGCCUCCAGGUGUCUUUAAAAGAAACGGAGGAAUCCUAUGAUGCCUCAUUGUCAAGCUGAGGGUUCCUGUUGAAGCAAAUUAAUUUAUCGAAGAGCGGUUGUGUUGGAAUGUGCCGUGUUGCACUUGUGCGAAUAAUAGGACACAUAAAUAUGAACUGAUGGGGAAAUUAUUACAACUUCUUACUUUAAGGAGUGAUUUUAUUCCUCUUAGUGUGGGACCAGAAAACUAAUUAAUAAAUCUCUUUGCAAAACUAGUCAACAAAACUAGUCAAAUGUGUUAUGUUCUUAUUUAUCCUCAUAAUCAAUACUAACUGAGAAGGAGGACGGAUCCAUAUUAACCACCAUUGUUUCUUUUGGGGGAGUGAGGGGUUUGAUCCUUUCUCUUUAACUAAUAAAAGUCACACCUAAUUUUACAUUUUCAAAAGUAACCUUAACAGUAGUGUCAUGACCCAAUGCAAAAGUCUAGUACAUGCUUAAAUUAUUCAAUUGUACACUUGAUAUUUAUCUGUAAAAGCACUAAGGCAGAUUAUGAGGAUCUAAUAUUAAAAGCCAGUUAUAUAAAGCAGGUUGUAGUUGGGGAUGUUAUAGAGAUGGGAGCUGGUGUUUCUAGGAAACAUAAGCGACCCUAUCUGCCCUAAGCCACAGCACUUUGGCAGGAACCGGUGGCUUUUGAAUAAAGAAUUUUCAUUUAAAUUCCUUGCUUCUUAAUUGUUCUGUCGCUGGUUUGGUUUUCUUUCACAACAUGCCACAUUUGUUUUAAAUCUGUUGGUUUUGGGUUUUGGGAGCAGCUAGUCAACAGAGUCAUUAGGGUUUUUGUUUCCGGGGUGGUAUAAUCAAUGACAAAAUAUGUGAUUGAAACAAAAUGAAAAAGCAUUUAUGGUGUCUAUUGUAAAAGGUGUUGUAUAUACUGUAACUGUGUAACAUACUGUAUAUUCAUUAUGCUUGGUGUGUUGGGGAGAAGCUGCUCUGCUGUUUUUGCCGUCAGAGUGGACAGAAUUAGAGUCUUGAACAUUACAGGCUGUGAUUGAAGUUUAAUACAAAGGUCAAAUAAAGACAAACUAUUUAUUUGAAAUAAAGUUAGUCUCUCAACUAAUCAGUUUAAUGUAAAAUAAAGUGAGUGUUGGAAGUGAAGGAUCUUUCAGAGAACUGAUUUGUUCGAGGGUUGCUUCUGACAGAAGCUUUGUGAUUUAUUUUUCCUUGAGUAAUAUUUUCUCCCCUUCUCCUCAAUAAAACUGAUUGAGCAACUUGA